UUGAGCAGGAUGUUGUGUUGGACCCAGCUGCCACUGCUGGCCUUUCUGGUCUUUAACCCUUUGGGGUCUGAGGCUGGUGAUUCUCCAUUGGAGGUGAUGUCCGCCCCCAACCUGUUGCGAGUAGGAACAGCAGAAAACAUCUUUGUGGAAAUACAAGACUGCAGAGCUGAACAUAAUAUCAAUGUUGUAAUCCGUGUGAUGAACCAUCCAACCAGAACCAACACACUGACAUCCACCACUGUGACCCUCACUAAGGCAAACAAAUACCAAGGCCUUGGACAACUUACGAUCCCUGUGGGAGACUUCAGUAUGGAUCCCAAAGUGAAGCAGUAUGUUGUUCUGCAAGCUCAAUUUCCUAAUCAUCUGCUGGAGAAAGUAGUCUUGGUGUCCUUUCAGUCUGGCUACAUCUUUAUCCAGACUGACAAGACCAUCUAUACUCCAAAUAGCAAUGUCUUAUUCAGGAUGUUUGGAGUGAAGCCCAGCAUGGAGCCAGUGGAGAGGAACACUCAAACUGAUGCUUCAAUUUCCAUAGAGAUUAUGACCCCUGAUCGCAUUGUAGCGCAAACUCAUCUUGUCUCCCUGACAUCAGGAAUCUACUCUGGAACAUACCAACUGGGUGAAAUAGUCAGUCCUGGGCAGUGGACGUUGGUGGCAAAGUUUCAGAGCAACCCACAGCAGACUUUUUCUGCAGAGUUUGAAGUCAAAGAGUAUGUGCUUCCCAGUUUUGAGGUCAAACUGAUCCCUGUGAGCCCCUUUUUCUACGUGGACAGUCAGGAGCUGACCGUCAACAUUGAAGCUAUCUAUCUGUUUGGUGAAGAGGUGACUGGGAUGGCAUACGUGGUGUUUGGAGUUAUGGAUAAUGACGAGAAAAGGAGCUUUCCCAGCUCUCUCCAGAGAGUCCCGAUUUUGAGAGGUGCUGGAAGUGUCACACUGAGGAGAGAGCACAUCAUCCAAACCUUCCCAAACAUCAACGAGUUGGUGAAGAAAAACAUAUACGUAGCUGUCAGUGUGCUGACAGAGAGCGGUGAUGAAAUGGUGGAGACAGAGUUGAGAAGUAUUCAGAUUGUCACAUCGCCUUACACCAUCACCUUCAAGAGAACACCCAGAUAUUUCAAGCCAGGAAUGUCCUUUGACGUAACGGUUGAGGUUUUGAAUCCUGAUGAUACUCCAGCAAGAAAUAUUCAAGUGAUCAUGACUCCAGGCCCAGUGACAGGCUUUACUGAAGACAACGGGAUGGCAAGGCUCUCCAUCAAUACAGCAGAAACCACGAACCCUCUUCAAAUUGAAGCAAAGACCAGUGAUCCUCUUCUACCCAGUCACAGACAGGCAUCAGCCAUCAUGCAAGCUCUGCCACACAGAACUGCAGGCAACAACUACAUCCAUAUAGGCUUGGAUAAAGCUGAGGUAACAGUAAGAGAAAAUGUGAAAGUCAACCUCAUCUUUAACAGGCAGGAAAACAGAGAAAAUGACAUCACAUACCUGAUUCUGAGCAGAGGCCGGCUGAUCAAAUAUGAUCGUUUUAGGACAGAUGGUCAAGUAUUGGUUGCCCUGAUCAUUCCCAUCACCAAAGAAAUGCUGCCAUCAUUCCGCAUCAUCGCCUAUUACCACACAAACAAUAAUGAAGUGGUGUCAGACUCUCUUUGGGUGGAUGUCAAGGACUCCUGCAUGGGCUCAUUGAAGUUGGAACAAGCGGGACUAGAGUCAGUUUAUAAGCCUAGGGGUACGUUCAACCUGAAGGUAACUGGAGACCCAGGGGCCAUCGUGGGACUAGUGGCAGUUGACAAAGGUGUCUAUGUCCUGAACAACAAACAUCGACUCACCCAGAAAAAGAUUUGGGACAUAGUAGAGAAGUCUGACACAGGCUGCACAGCAGGAGGAGGCGCUGACAGUAUGGGUGUUUUUUAUGAUGCUGGACUUUUGUUUGUGACCAGCUCUUCGGGAACCGCCUACAGAUUGGAACCAAAAUGUCCGGGCACCAGCAGAAGAAAACGUGCCAGCACCAUAAUGGAAGUCAGGACCAGCUUAUUAAGUCACUAUAAAGAAGAGCUGGAACGUGAAUGCUGUUUAUCUGGUUUGAAAGAAAUUCCUGUUCCAUACAACUGUGAGAGGCGCAGCGAGUAUAUUGGGGAUGGUCAAGCCUGUGUUGAUGCCUUCCUGCACUGCUGCAGGGAGAUGGAAAACCAGCAAGGAGAGAGAAAGGAGGGAAGCCUUCUGCUGGCUCGCAGCGAGGAAGAUGAUGGUUACAGGGACAUGAAUGAAAUUGUGUCUCGUACCAAGUUCCCUGAAAGCUGGCUGUGGUCAGAUAUCCCACUGCCCUCUUGCUCUCAAUGUGAAACCACAUCAGUUAGGAGAAGUGUUCCUCUGCCAGAUUCAAUCACAACCUGGCAAUUCACUGGCAUCAGUCUGUCCCGGACUCAUGGUAUCUGUGUGGCUGAUCCACUAGAGGUUAUUGUCCGGAAGAGAUUCUUCAUUGAUCUUAGAUUGCCAUAUUCUGCAGUCAGAGGAGAGCAGCUGGAAAUUAAGGCCAUCCUUCAUAACUACAGCCCAGAAGCUGCCACUGUGCGUGUGGAUCUGUUAGAAAACCCAGAUCUGUGCAGUGCAGCUUCUAAGCGUGGCAAAUAUCGCAAGGAGGUCGAAGUUGGGGCCAGCACUACACGAGCUGUCCCAUUCAUCAUUAUUCCUAUGAAAGUAGGCCAGCACCCAAUCGAAGUGAAAGCGGUUGUUAAAGACUCAUAUGAACUCAGUGAUGGAAUAAGCAAGAAGCUGCGAGUAGUGUCUCCAGGUGUCCUGCAAAAAAUACCAAAACAUAUCGAACUAAACCCAAGCAGGACAGGUGGUGAACAAAUAGUAACAGUCAACAGUGAUAUUCCUCUAAAUGAUAUGGUUCCAGACACACCUACAAACACUCUCAUCUCUUUGACAGGAAGAGAGCAGAUGGGUACACUGCUGGAGAGCGCCAUCAGUGGGAAUGCUAUGGGAGUUCUGAUCAACAGGCCCUCAGGCUGUGGAGAGCAAAACAUAGCCGCUAUGACCCUGCCAGUCAUUGCAGCCGCAUAUUUGGACAAAACCAACCAAUGGGAAAAAGUUGGCUUUGAAAAACGUAAUGAGGCUCUCGAUCACAUCAGAACUGGCUACCAGGGGGAGCUGGCAUACCGUAAGAGUGAUGGAUCUUUUGCUGUUUUUAAAAAUUCUAGAGGCAGCUCCUGGUUGACAGCGUAUGUUGUAAAGGUGUUUGCCAUGGCCAACAAUCUGGUGGGAGUGCCGAGCAACGUGAUCUGUGAUGCUGUCAAGUUUCUCAUUCUCAAUGCACAGCAACCAGACGGCAUGUUUGGAGAGAUUGGAGAUUUGUACAGUAGAGAAAUGCGUAGUGACGUCCUUGGCUCGGAUUCACAUGCCUCCAUGACAGCCUUCUGCCUUAUUGCCAUGCAGGAGUCUCGUCAUAUAUGUGGUGACAGUGUUAAUAGUCUGUCCAGCAGUGUAAACAAUGCCGUGUCCUACUUGGAGCAACAUCUGCCCAGGCUCACCAACCCCUAUGCUGUGGCCAUUACCUCGUACGCACUGGCCAAUGAAAACAGACUGAACAUUGGGAUUCUCUACAACUUUGUCUCAAGAGACCAGACCCACUGGCCUGUACGCACUGAUCAUAUUUACACACUGGAGGCCACAGCUUACGCUCUUCUUGCUUUGGUGAAGACCAGGAACUUUGAAAAGGCCAAACCUGUUGUCAGAUGGUUCAAGCAACAACAAAAGUCAAAUGGUGGCUAUGGAUCAACCCAGGCUACUAUAAUGGUGUAUCAGGCUGUGGCUGAGUACUGGGGCAGUGCUGAGGAACCACCGUAUGAUCUGAAUGUGGACCUCAGUUUGCCGGGCAGAUCACUAAUUGAAAAGUUUAAGUUCAACAAGCAAAACCACUUCACUACAAGGUCAUCAAAGUUCAACAGUAUAAACAAAGAUGUGAGAGUGACUGCCACAGGAAGUGGAGAAGCAACACUGACAAUGUUGUCGCUGUAUUAUGCUCAGCCUAAAGAAAAGGAAAGUGACUGUCAGAAGUUUGACCUGACAGUUGAAGUACUUCCAGAGAAAUUGGAUGAUGAUGAGAAGACAUACAGGCUAAGAUUAGAGGUUUUAUUUAAGGACAGCGAGCGCAAUGCAUCCAUGUCAAUCCUGGACAUUGGCUUGCCAACUGGCUUCAUCAUCAACACAAAGGACCUUGACAAUUUGUCUCAAGGCCGUGCACGCAUCAUUGAAAAGUAUGAAAUAAACAGAGCCUUGUCAGAAAAAGGCUCACUCAUAAUUUACCUGGACAAGGUUUCUAACACACGAAUAGAGAUAAUCUCUUUUAGAAUCCAUCAGAAGAUGAAUGUGGGCAUUCUUCAACCAGCUGCUGUGUCUGUCUAUGAAUACUAUGAAGAGAAACCUUGUGUGAAGUUUUACCACCCACAGAGAAGUGCAGAGCUUCUGAGGCUCUGCAAAAAUGAAGAAUGUACAUGUGCUGAAGAGGGCUGUAGUAUGCAGAGGAAGGGUGAGAUCAAUAAUGAUGAGCGUUCUGAAAAAGCUUGUGAAACAACAGAAACCAGCAAAAUAGAUUUUGUUUACAAAAUCAGAGUUGACGGUUUCACAGAUGGUUUCUCCAUGGACAUUUACACAGCACGGGUCAUGGAAGUCUUUAAAGAAGGAACCAAUGAUGUGGCUCCUCGCGGACAGCUGCGCACAUUUCUCAGUUUCCCACAGUGCCGAACAGCUUUAGAUCUGAAGAUAGGAAAAACCUACCUUAUCAUGGGGGCAUCCAAAGACAUUUACAGACUUGAGCAAAACCAAUCGUUCCAGUAUGUUCUCGGACAGAAUACCUGGAUUGAGUACUGGCCCACAGAAGCAGAGUGUCAGAGGGAUGAAUACAGGCAUACCUGUUUAGGCAUGGAGGAUCUGGUUGGGAGAUUUGAACUCUUUGGAUGUGAGCAAUAAUGAAACAAAAGAAAACAUAAAGCUCUUUGUUGAGGGGCUUUUUUUGCAGUUCUUGUGUUGCUGAUACAGUCAAAUGAGUUUUACUCAAUAAAAUGUUUAAAUUAA